AAGGAACAUAAGGACAGCACUGCAGAAUCAGGUGCCCAGAGGUGGAGGGCAGCAGUGAGAAGGGGCUUUGUUAGUACUCUGCCUGGUUCUGGCACUGUCGUUCUCUAGGGACAAUGGAGAGCUGCGUCAGGAACUCCGGUGUAAUGGAAACUACAGGACCAUCUCUCACCAGAUACUUUGUUCCCAUGCUCCUCCUUCAGAUGGUAGCACCAAGUUCAGAACAGUUUACAGUGACUGGCUUACAGGGGCCAAUCUUGGCUCCAUUUGGUGGCAUAGUUGAGCUCAGCUGCCAGCUGUCCCCACCACAAAAUGCAGAACACAUGGAAAUACGCUGGUUCCGGGAUCGCUAUACACAACCUGUUCACCUAUACAACAAUGGCAAAGACCUGCAUGUAGAAACUAUCUCCAGGUAUGUGGAGCGGACAGAGCUCCUGAAAGAAGCUAUCAGAGAGGGUAAAGUGACCCUCAGGAUCCUCAAUGUCAGUGUUGAUGACCAUGGGCAGUACCACUGCUUCUUCAAAGAUGGUGAUUUCGAUGAAGAAGCCAUCACAGAAGUGAAGGUCACAGCUACAAGCUUAGGAAUACAGAUUCUUGUGCAUCCUCCUAAUACCAAAGGUCUUUUGGUGGAAUGUAAUACAGGAGGUUGGUUCCCACAGCCUCAAAUGGAAUGGAGAGACAGCGGAGGAGAGAUCAUUCCGCCUACAUCCAUAUCCCAUUCACAGGACACAGAUAAAUUGUUCAACAUGAAGAUGACCCUUCUCCUUAAAUCGAGCUCCCAUAGGAAUGUCACUUGCUGCCUUCGAAACCCCGUAACUGGCCAAGAGGAAAGGACAAGCAUUGUCCUAUCAGAUCAAUUGUUUCCGUGGAACUUUAUUUGGAUAAUGAUUCUGAGCAUAAUUCUGGGUCUGCUGGUGAUAUUUAUCAUGGUGCCAAGUGUUGAUCUAUAUCGCAGAUUAAAAAAACUACAGCAGAAAGGAUCCAGGGAACAGUGUUCUAUAUGUUCCAGAGUCUGUACCAAAGACUGUCUGCCUAAUACUGGAUGCACAGAUUGUUGCGGCAAAAUGAUAAAUCCUGUAGUAGUGGGUAUAAUGAUAUUGGUGCUUUCCCUAGUUGUAAUCACCUCACUCAUUUCCUUUUUGCAUCACAAAAGCAGAGUUCCUGCUUCAGAUCCACAUUUCCAAUUGGAUACUAUGUGGUUGGAAGAUAUCACGGUGAUCCUGUGUGUUCUGACUGUCUUCAUCACCAUGAUCAUUUCCUUUAUUUACUUUAGAUUCAGAGGUGUCCUAGAAAUAUAGGAAUUAAACAAGCAUCAACCAUCUCGUCCGGAACUCUGGAUUAAGGUAUACAGUGGAAGAGGAGGCCUACGUGGCAACCUUACAAACUCAGAGACCUAAAAUAACCACAAAGGAUGAUCUGAAAUUAAAACUUUUAAACUAAAAGCAGUUUAUGGUGGGUAGUCAUAUUCUAGCUAGAAAUCUUCUCUGACAAAGAUCAAUUUUCACCUUAAUUAAGCCUGUCUAUUGUCUUUUUGCAUCUAUGAUAACACACCUUUGGAAUGUGAUAACACACCUUUUUCUGUACCCCUCAUGUUCAGGCACCACUCUGUAGAGACCACAAAUCCCCUCACUGUUAUUGAGUUAAUUGUUGACUGUUAACUCUCCUGUACCCACCUAUGUAAAGGAAAUAUGUAUCUUUCAUUUUACUGUUUAUCCAAUCCCAGAGGUUUCCCACUUUUCUUUCUCUUGCCUUUCAAAUUUAUCACCAGUGGAUUUUAUGUAACCCACCUUACAUCUUCUCUUUUUAUCAUAAUGUAUUUUUAAAAAGGUGAAAAACUGCCAUUCUCUGGAGCAUUUUCUCAAUCCUUUGAGAUUUUGCUUCCCAGAAAUUGUCGACAGUUUGGCUCACAAAAAUUCUCUUUAGGUUUGAAUGUUUCUUACGUUAACAGUGGCCCUACAAUUUUGUGUAUAACCAAGUAAUUGUCAGGUGGAGGACAAAUAAAAUAUAUUC